AUGUCAAAACUAACUCCAUAUAGUAAAUUAGGAAUUCUUGAAUACUGGGAAGAGCGCUUUGGAAAAGAUUUGCCCCCAAUUAUAUGCGAUUGUAGAACUCGUUCACAAAUUUUAAUCUUUAGUAAUCCUCAACUUGUAGAAGAGAUAUAUACAACUAAAUCUAAGUUUAUGGAUAAACAUCAAAAGUUUCAAGAGUUUCUUGAAGAUUUUCAAGGCCAUUCAUCUGCUAAUCAAAAAUCAAAUCAAGAAUGGGCAGAUAAGAGAAAACAUCUCACUUCAGCAUUUUACAAGGAAAAGAUCAUAAGAAUACUUAAAGAAUCAGUUGCUAUAACCUAUAAGAAAGUUUAAACUUGGAAAGAGAGGCUUAACAGCAGUGAUGCUAGCUAACAAUUGAUAAUAUUGAAUAGAGAAAUUUAAGAGCUGCUUGAUGAGGUUGUAAAUGUUUCCAUAUUUGGUUAAGGCAGCCAAAGAGCUAAGUUGAACUAUCAAAUUAAAGGAAAGUAAACACAAAUGGUACCAGGUCAAUUCGCAAGAACGCUAUUAAAUGAUCUAUUUAAAAAACUAGCACAUCCAUUGAGACUUAACUGGGAUUUUUUCAACAAAAUUCCACUUAAUAGUUAAGAAAGAGAGACAAGAAUAAAUUGUAUAAGAUUUAGAGAAUAUGUCUAAUCAAUGAUAGAUGAAAGAAAAAAAGAAAUGAAAGAACCAGGCUAUAUUCCAUAGCUAGAUUUCUUGACAAUGAUAUUGCAAAAUCCAUUCUUUGAAGGCAAGGAUAAAGUCGUUAUUGAUGAGUGCUGCACUUUCUUCAGUGCAUCUAAUGUUACUUCUGCAACCACCAUUACCAAUCUAUUAUUUUUCCUCAUCAGAAAUUAAGACCUUAUCAAGAAAAUUAGAAAAGAAUGCAAGAGAGAUCUUAAAGUUGAAAAUUUUCUUACAAUCAAUUGCGAGUAAUGGUAAAGUCUUGCCACUUAUGAAGCGCUCACUGAUUGCAAUUAUCUCUAAUACUGCAUAAUGGAGACUUUAAGAUUUGAGACUUCUAUUCCAGUUUCAGGGAUACAUGUAUUUACGGAGGAUACUAAAAUUGGAGAAUAUAUGAUUAAGAAAGAAACAACUUGGCACAUAAAUAUGAACGGUCUACACUUUAAUAAAGAUGAAUGGAUCAGACCUGAAGAAUUCAAUCCAGACAGAUUUGAUCCUAGCAAUCCUCUCUAUCUGACUCCAAAAGGAACGAAGAGACACCCAAUGUCUUUUGGACCAUUUUUGGGUGGAAGAAGAAUUUGUCUAGGAAAGACUUUUGCUGAGAGUAUGAUAAAGUGCCUCUCAGUUGUGAUUAUUAACUCAAUUGAUUUUGAAUUUGAGGAUAAGGAUUUGCUUGAUAGAAAACCAUUAAAUACUUUCCUCCUUGAUGAGCCCAUAUAUCUUGUGAGAUUAAAGCCUUUAAUUGACUGA